GAAAAAUACAAUUCGAAUGACGUAUUUUAGGCGGGAAUUUAUAAAUUUUUGAUCUAUAAAAAAUAUAUUUUAAAAAUUCCCUAGUUGUUUCAAUCUGGUUACUUUCAUGACGUCAAUCGCUAUCGUCGACAAUGAUGUGGUAGGAGAAUGUAGUAGUGAAAGACAUGACAGGUUGUGCGCACUACCCCGUUAACUGCUUGUAACUAAAUGCCAAUUGAGCAGUCCAUUUAGCCCAUCACUUAAAGCUUUUCAAGAGGUCUUCUAUAUCUCACGAAUCUGGGACGUUGAAUAAAAAAAUGCUAUUUGUUUUGUGAAAAUUGCAAUGAAAUCAUUGUAUUUUGUUUCAUCAAUUCCGCGAACUGUGUGAUAAAAACAAUGCUGACAUGAAUCAGUUUUUACAAAAGUACAAUUCUAAGCGGCAAUAAUGAUGCGUUAAAUAAAGUCAAUCACUCGAGAAAUUGUUCGAGGAAGCAAUGGAAGAUGAACAGCCAGCAAGAGAGACGAAUAAGAUUUGCGGUGUAUGUGGUGAUCGCGCACUCGGUUAUAAUUUCAACGCGGUUUCGUGUGAAAGUUGCAAAGCUUUCUUCCGACGGAAUGCUUUGAAAAACAAGGAUUUUCGAUGUCCAUUUACUGAGAAUUGUAAUAUUACUCCAGUCACUAGACGAUUCUGUCAAAAAUGCCGUUUGGAUAAAUGCUUUAGCAUAGGCAUGAGAAAAGAAUAUAUUAUGUCUGAAGAAGAUAAGGUAUUAAAACGACAAAAAAUAGAACAAAAUCGUGCAAAAAAAAGACCAAUUUUAGAGAAUACAAAACCAUCAAAAAUUAAGAAGAGUUUAGAUGAUUGUAAUUUUGAUGAUACUUCUAUGUCAAUUAAUUCAGUUGCAUCAACUGCAUCAGACACAUAUUUCUGGGAGUCUGAUAGAAAAUAUACAGAUUUAGAUGCAAAUAGACAAAUUGUAACAGAGAGUUUAAGUCCAGUAACAGCUGCAAGUGUUCCAAGUCCUUCUAGUCCACCAGAAAAUGGAGUUAUAAGUGGAUCAAAAACAUUAGACAUGAUGAAAGACUCUUCACAUAAUUCUAACUUUGAAAAUUAUGAUCAUUCUUCUUCACCUCAAGAAGAAAAUGAAGUUGAUGUAGAAAAGUUGAGAAUGAAUUCAAAUUCUCCUUCUCAAAAUCAGCAAAGGUUUGAUAAAAUUAAAUCUUCUCAUAAUUUAGAAAAGGAUAAAAAAUCAAUUAUAAGUUCAAAAAAGUUUAAUCAAAAUAUAUUAGACUUAAAUUCUGAAUUUACUUCUACUAAUCAUGAAUCUAUGAAAUAUUCUCCUGAAUUUGAUAAUGCAUCUUGUUACAAUAAGUUUGAUUCUAGCUCUAUACAGAGUUCUCAAUAUAUUGAACAUACAACACAUUAUAAAAGAACGAAUAUAGAUAUGAAUUCAGAAAUCCAUAUGGAAAUUUCUUCAGAAGAAGCAGUAUCUAGUCAAAAACAAAAUAAGGAAACAUAUCCAAAGGAAGAUAAUUUCGUUAGUAAUAAAUUCCCACAAGAAUCUACUUUGAUCGCGAAACUCGUUAAUAAUUCGAGUUUUAUUACGAAAAUAUUUCAAAAUGAAGAAUUACUCUUAAAGAUUAUGUCAGAUCCUGUUGUUAUUAGUAAAUUAGAGGCAGAUCCUCAAAUUUCACAAUUCUUUAAAAAAAAUGGAAUCAUUGCAGAUAAAGAAGUUUCAUCUGAGAAAGAAACGAAUAUUCAUUUAAAAGAUGAUGUGAAACUAAAUCACAAUAAUUCCAAUCAAAAUGUAUUUAAACCAAUAUUCAAAGUUAAACAGAGACAAAUAGAAAAUCCAAUUUUAACUGAUUUAAUUACAAAUUCGAGUCAAGAAGAAUGUAUAAAAAUACAACGUGAUGAAUCUAAUAGUUCUGAAUGGAAUAAAAAUCUAUCUGAUGUCACAAGAGAUGUGCUUCAAGAUGUACAAAGAAUACCAAUUGCUGCGAAUUCCAUUGAAUCUAUUCUUUGUGAAGCAAUUAAAUUAGAAUUUUCAGCAUAUUCUACUCUUGGUGGUAUGGAGACUAGAAAAAUAUUAAAUGAUGCUGAAAGAGCAAAGUUAAAUGAAUUAAUAGUAGCCAAUAAAGCAUUAUUAGCUCCUUUAGACGAAGAUAUAACAAAUUUAAUUGGAGAAGAUUGUAAAUUUAAGAAUAAUUUUGGUCAAUCCGAUCCAGCUCUAUUAGAUGUUGUGAAUCUUACUGCCAUAGCCAUUAGACGCUUAAUAAAAAUGGCGAAAAAAAUAAAUGCGUUUAAAAAUAUGUGUCAAGAAGAUCAAAUAGCUCUUUUAAAAGGAGGAUGUACAGAAAUGAUGAUUUUAAGAUCAGCACUCAAUUAUGAUAUUGAGAAAGAUAUGUGGUGGAUACCACAUAGUCAAGAAAGUAUGUCUAAUAUAAAAGUAGAUGUAUUAAAAGAAGCAAAAGGAAAUCUUUAUGCAGAACAUGCAAGAUUUAUUAGAAGUUUUGAUCCAAGAUGGAGAGAUGAGAAUAUAAUUUUAAUUUUAAGUGCAAUUGCUUUAUUUACACCUGACAGACCAAAAGUGGUGCAUAAUGAUGUAAUCAAAUUAGAACAAAAUUCUUAUUAUUACUUGCUUAGACGCUAUCUAGAAAGUGUUUAUUCCGGAUGUGAAGCCAAAUCCAUGUUUUUAAAAUUAAUUCAAAAAAUUUCCGAUCUUCAUAGAUUAAACAACGAAGUUGUUGGAGUAUAUCUUAAUUUAAAUCCGUCGAGAGUAGAGCCACUUCUUAUAGAGAUAUUUGAUUUGAAACAUUGAUCGAACGUGUUCAAUAAUGAAUAGAUAUUAAAUGUAAAAUGUUUUUAAUUAGUAUUUCUCUAAAUAGCAAAAAUAAAACUAUUAUGAAUUUAUGUCAAUAGAUCGCAUGUUCGUACAAGUAAUUAAUAGCAAUAAUAUUGAAGAGAGAAAUGUUAUAACUAUGAAAUCAGAAUGUGAUUGGAAAUAUACAAAUAUAUAUAGGUUAAUGUACAUAAAAUUAUAUGAACAAUAUCGCCAAAAGUUUAUUCGUAUCAGAAUAUCGAUAUAGAAUUACAUACAUUAAAAUAUCUAUAUCGAUUUACAGUAAUGUUCUGUUAACAUCAAAAUAUUUCGAUUUAUAUAAUAUUCAAAUUAUCAAUAUAAAACUACAAAACAAAUAUAAUACUAUCAAAUCUAUAAUAAAUUUAGAUUUCUAUCUUCUUCCAUAUU